AACAGUCGACCCGGACAAGCAACCAAAUUGCCGAACUUAAAGCAGAAAACCCUAAACCUUUGAAAAAGCUUAAACCCUAGCUAGCUCCUCCCGCCUCUCCUCGCCGUCUCUAUUCGUGGAAGCUGACAGCUUCUUUCACUUUCCUAAGGAUAUAUUUUACGGAAAAAUGAGUUUGAUAUCUCAAAAUGUUGGCUCAAAAAAUAGAGUUAAGCGCUCAAAUGCUGACGAGCCUGCUUUUUUGGGGGUGAAUAAUUCAAAUGCCGAUGCUGACGAGCCUGCUUUUUUGGGGGUGCAUAAAGAUGAUGAGGGUGGAAUAGAAUCUGAUUUGGUCUUGUCAAAGACAAAGAAGAAACGAAAAGAAAGGGAUGAGCUGCUAGAGAAGCAGUUGGAAAUUGAAGAAGGAAAGGAAAUGAAGAAGUUGGAGAACUUUUUGUUUGGUUCCCUAUACUCUCCUGUUGAAUUCGGGAAAGAGGAAGAGAAAAAGGAUUCUCUUUCAUUCUUUUUAGACCGGUCUGUGGGCAGUGUAGAGCCUGGUUGUGAAGAAGAUGUGGAAUUGAUGAAGGAAAGCGAUAUAGAAGAGGAACGGAAAGCUGUGUGGCUUGAUGAGGAAGAGGAGAAGACCAAAGUUAACAUUGCUAAGGUUAAUAGAUUAAGGAAACUGAGGAAGGAUGAGGAUGAGAGUUUGAUUUCUGGUUCACAGUAUGUUUCAAGGUUAAGGGCUCAGCAUGCUAAGAUGAAUCCAGGCACUGAUUGGGCCAGACUUGAUUCGCAGUCUAGAAAUGAUGGUUUGUCCGAUGAUGAACUGUCCGAUGAAGAAAAUGGCAUAGUUUUGGCUCGUGGUUACAAGAAUGAUAAUGCUUAUGAUGAUAUUCUCCGAACUAAUGAAGAUCUUGUGGUGAAGAGCAGAGCAAAACUGUUGCCUGGUCUUCUUGAGUACUCAAGACUUGUGGAUGCAAAUGCUGAGGAUCCUUCAAAUGGUCCAAUAAAUUCGGUUCAGUUCCAUCAGAAUGCUCAGUUGUUACUUGCGGCUGGAUUAGACCGGAGGCUUAGGUUUUUUCAGAUUGAUGGUAAACGGAAUACCAAAAUACAAAGUAUAUUUAUUGAUGAUUGCCCCAUUAGAAAGGCAUCAUUUUUACCUGAUGGUUCUAAGGUUAUCAUAGCUGGAAGAAGAAAGUUCUUUUAUAGCUUUGAUUUAGUAAAAGCUAAAGUUGAUAAAAUUGGCCCACUUGUUGGAAGGGAGGAGAAGAGCUUGGAAGUUUUUGAGGUUUCCCCUGAUUCUAGUAUGAUUGCUUUUGUGGGCAAUGAAGGUUAUAUCCUUCUGGUGUCAUCCAAAACAAAGGAACUAGUUGGGACUCUAAAGAUGAAUGGAACUGUUCGUUCAUUAGCUUUUGCUGACGAUGGGCAGCAAUUACUGAGCCAUGGAGGUGAUGGGCAGGUCUACCACUGGGACUUGAGGACAAGGGCUUGCAUCCACAAGGCUGUUGAUGAGGGUUGUAUUCAUGGCACAGCUCUCUGCACUUCACCAACAAGAAAUUUGUUUGCUGCUGGUUCAGACAGUGGUAUAGUAAAUAUCUACAAUAGAGAUGAGUUUUUAGGUGGGAAGAAAAAACCUAUCAAGACAAUCGAGAAUUUGACCACCAAGGUGGACUUUUUGAAAUUUAAUAAUGAUGCUCAAAUAUUGGCCGUUUGUUCCCACAUGAAGAAGAACAGUUUAAAGUUGAUACAUGUCCCAUCAUUUACUGUCUUUUCUAACUGGCCUCCAGCAAACAACGCCAUACAUUAUCCCCGUUGUUUGGAUUUCAGUCCUGGUGGAGGUUUCAUGGCCAUGGGAAAUGCUGCUGGAAAAGUUCUGUUAUACAAGUUGCAUCAUUAUGACCAUGCAUAGAGGAGAUCUUAAACACUGGGAUUCUUGAUUCCCUUGAUGUGAUUUUCUUGCUGCAUUUCAUGAAGCUUAAUUUUCUAUGACUAGAAGGGCGCUCAGCAAUGUAUCAUUUUUGUCUACCAGUUCUCCUGAUUGAGAUUCCUAGGGAAUUCACAGACGGGGAAUGCAUGUAUUUCUGCAAAGAGCGGUAUCUUUUGAUCUGGCAAGGUAAUUGACCAACCAUCCAAGUUUUCUGUUUUACUGCAAUUUUCAGAAUCAUUUGAUAAUUGCAAGGUCAUAGUUUUUAUAGCAUCAGCUGUUGCAGAAACUUUUUAUGUAGAACUUUCACUUGAUGAUAAAUUUGUUAUAAUGGUGAAGCCUCAAAUUUUUGGAUA